AUGAAAAAAUAUAUCACUCUUUCAGUCCUUGUGUUCCUAGGUCUCGUCUCAGUCUAAGCCUACUCUGAGGCAAAUGAGUACAUCAGACUACCGGAGUCUUACAGAAAGCAAAUGCUUGGCUACCACAACUACGCACCUCAGGUUGAGGCUGUUUAUGGCAGCAUUGAGCCAAGAGUUAUUUUGAACAGAGCUGUACCUUAGUAACAGGUAAACAAAUCAAUCGUUAAAAAUAAAUUGAGAAAGCCUCAAUACAAUAUUUUCGGAGAAGAGCUGAUUGGCUCAAAUGGAGAAGACCUCCUAGUCCAGCAAUUUGCUCCAAUCUACUCUCAAAAUUACUAUUUACCUGAAGUUAUCUAUGACGUGCAAGCUUCAAAGCAAUAACACAGUAUUCCAAUUCCCUAAUCAGAACUCAGAGAACCAAGAUUCACAAUCGAACCAUGGCUAAACAACCCUAACUUUAGGUAUGCUAUUGAUCGAGUUCAACCACAAGUUGAGGGAACUCAUUACUCAAAGCUAGACAACAAGCUUAUUAGCAGAUACGUCCCAGACAACUCAUAUAUUGCUACCCCAAAGAGAGAUGCCUAAAUGCAAACUGAUGAGGAAUUAUUUGAGUUAUUCAGAGAGAUAAAGCAUUAGUAGAAGGAAAUUGAUUAGAUAGAGGAGGAAGUUGAACCACUUGAGCACAAACGUCAUCAUUCCAAUCACUCACACCACCACCAUCAUCACCACAACAAGACUGAACCAACCAAAAAUGAGACUACUCAAAACACUACCAAGGACAUUAUCGUCCCAGUUGGACCAGAGAUUCCAACCAACAAUUCAACCGUUGAAUCAACUACUGCAGCAACUGAAACCAAGGCUGAGACAAAAGCUGAGACUAAGGAGGUUGAAACUAAGACUGAGACUAAAGAAGAAGAAGUUCCAAAGGUUGAGAAUAGAGAAGAGAAAACUGAGAAGAAGUAAGAUAAGUGGUGGAAAAAUGAACAAGAUUACCCAUUCUUCACAGACUUCCACAGCACUCACUGA